AUGUCUGAAAGUUCGCUUUCUCCACUUGAUUUUUAUGAAUUAAAACAUGUCAAAACUAUAAAAGUUAAAACAUAAGAUGAAAAAUUAAAAAAGAAAAGAACCUUGUUGUAUUAGAAUAAGGAAAUGUUAGAAAAAGAGUAUCUAUAAUUAAAUCAAAGUUGUGAUUGUUCUGAAUGUGGAAAAGGCAGUAAAUAUUUUGAAAUGAUAAAAAAAUAAUAUCCUUUUAUUGAAUCAAGGUAUGAAUUAAUAAAAUUGAAGAUGGUAGAGACGAAAAAGAAUAUUAAAAAGAUUCAAAGCUGUAAUUAAUGCUAUAAUAUUUAUCCUAAUCUAUAAAAUGGAGGCAAUAAUAAAGUUUAGAAAGAGAAUGCAUAUAUUAAAGGCUGUUCGAAAUUUGACAACUAUAAAAAAACCAUAAAUAGUUGGUCCAGCCAAUAUAUAACCCUAACCAGUCCUUUAGAUUCCAUAAUAACAUCAAGCUUAAAGGUAUAUACAUUUUUCUAAUUGAAGAAUAAAAACAAACCCUGAGAAUGAUGAUAAUUUAAUACAUAUAAUCUAAAGUCAUGGAAAAGAACCAAGAAGAAGUUAAAUAUUUUAAUAUAUGACAAAAAUGUUAAAAAAUUCGAACCAUAAAUCAGAAAUAAAUCUCAAACCUCUAAGCAGUUUAAAUCGAAAGUCAUUACAAUUAACUAAUAUUAAAUCUAUUACUUAAACAUCAUUUUCGCCACAUACUCACUCUCAUUAUUAAUCCAAUUUAAUACCAUAUAGUCAUUUUCACAGAGAUUCAAUCAAAAAAAAUAAUAAAGAUUCUCAAAAAAUUAAUAAUAAAGAUCUUGUAAAACUUAUAGAUUCGAUGAAAGUUAAACAUAGGAUUAUUUAGUGUAAAAAAUGA